GUGCGAUCUUUUCCAAUAUGGCUGCGGCCAGUAAAAGUGUGGUUAGUGACCCGAAUUCGACAGAUACUUGGCCUAAAUGGCAAGUAGCGCUCGCUAUCGGUGCUCCUUUAGCAGUCGUCAUUGGGGGAUUAUGGGUAUACAGGCGGAGCAAACGAAAGGAUGCCAAGUCAUCUCCCAAGAAACAAGAUGGGAGAGAUAACACCGCGUCUCCACCGAAGACCGGCAAAGAUAAAAGCUCGACACCAUCUCCAACGAAACCGGCGUCUAUUCCAGACGAGGACCAGACUCCACUGGAAAAGGCACAAGCAGAGAAAAACAAAGGGAACAAGUACUUUAAGGGGACCCGCUAUGACCAGGCUAUAACAUGUUACACACAGGCCAUCAGGAUGUGUCCUCCCGGCAACAAGACAGACCUGGCCACUUUCUACCACAACAGGGCAGCCGCCUACGAAAAACUGAGAAACAAUAAGAUGGUAAUUGAGGAUUGUACUACAGCACUGGAGCUCAACAACCGGUAUGUGAAGGCCCUGACCCGGCGAGCGUCAGCCUGUGAACAGCUGGAGGAUCUGUCUCAGGCGCUAGAGGAUGUGACAGCGCUAUGUAUACUGGAAGGCUUCCAGAACCCCACCUCCCUUCAGACAGCUGAUCGUGUUCUCAAGAAUCUUGGACAAACCAAGGCCAAAGAAGCAUUCCGUAAUCGUAAACCAGCAAUGCCCUCCAAACAUUUCAUCAGAACCUAUUUUGCUGCAUUUGUCAAUGACCCUAUUUUAAAUGCUGCUAAGACAACCACACCUCCCAAGCCUGUAGAGGAUGGUCAGGUGGCUAAUGGUGAGGCAUCAGAUGUCAGUCCUUAUCAGCAAGCUUUGUGGAAGAUCACAGCAGAGGAAUACGAUGACAUCAUAUCAUUAUGUACACAGGAGCUAGAUCUCCCAGACAGCCAAUCACAACCCGAGGCCAAGUUACUACGGGCAACACUCUACCUACUGUGUAACCAGUAUGAUCUGGCACUUGCUGACCUCAAGGUUGUUUUAUCAGAGGAAGAUAUACCUAAAAGACUAAGAGUCAAUGCCAUGAUAAAGAGAGGCAGUAUCUACAUACAAAUGGAGAAGCAGACUGAAGGCUUGGAUGAUUUUGCCUCAGCUGUCCGAAUAGAUCCUGAAAAUGCAGAUAUCUAUCAUCACCGAGGACAUCACAACAUACAACUGGAGAGGAUAGACGAUGCGUUACGAGAUCUGGAAAACGCCAUCUCAAAGGACCCUACAUUUGCUGCUUCACAUGUACAGAAAUCUUUUGCCGAACACAAGAGAACAGCUAUGCAGAUGAUGGGGUCUAACCUCCCCCUCCCCCAGGCAGUGCUACAGUCCUAUAAGGCCAAUGUUGACAUGUUCCCUACUAACGGUGAUGCCCGUGCACUCUACGCUCAGGCCCUUGGGGAUGCUGGGAAGUUCGAGGAAGCAGAGAUGCAGUUUUCAGAAGCUGUGCGACUUGACCCUGACAAUGCUACAGCCCUUGUACACAGAGGGUUACUGAAGCUGCAGGCAGACAAGGAUAUCAAAGAGGCCACCAAUACCAUCAACUCUGCACUGGAGCUCGACCCCCGAUGUGAAUAUGCUUACGAAGUUCUGGGAACCCUGGAGGUGCAGCAAGGACAUAUGGAUUAUGCCAUGGGUCAUUUCCAGAAAGCCAUCGAGUAUUCUCGUACAGAGUCAGAAAUGUCACAUCUAUUCUCUCUCUUAGAAGCUGCAAAAGCGCAGCUUAAUGUGGCAAAAAAUUUUGGAAUCCAGCUUCCAGGUCUAGGUGGACCUCCAAUGGUGUGAGAGACUUUUAAGGACUGUGUUAUUACUUCAUCAUCAUUUUUAACUGAUCAAGGGUCCACAUUGUUUGAAGAGAAAGUUGUAUGUAUUGUCUUAUAUCAUGUAAUCUAAUCUAAUUUAAUUAAAUCCUAACCUUUCCUCAUGGUCAUUUUGCCAGUUACUUUGCACUGAAGCCUGUACUGGUAUCAGUAAUUAAGACUGGAUGGCGACAUUCAUCACAGCUGUAUUAGUUGUUUACAAGCUGCAUGGAUGUCAGUUGUCGACCAGUUGUAUUAGAUAGUUGUUUUCUUGCUGUGUUUGCUUUGAUCACUAGCUGUCAGUUAUUAAUCAUCUGUCAGUUAUUGACCAGCUGUGUCAGUUAUUGAUCAGCUGUGUCAGUUAUUGACCAGCUGUGUCAGUUGUCUACCAGCUGUCAAGCUGUUUCAGUUGUCGACCAGCUGUGUUGGCUUUUGAUCAGCUGUCGGCUUUUGAUCAGCUGUGUCAGUUGUCGUUCAGCUGUGUCAGUUAUUGAUCAGCUGUGUCAGUUAUUGACCAGCUGUGUCAGUUAUUGAUCAGCUGUGUCAGUUAUUGACCAGCUGUGUCAGUUAUUGAUCAGCUGUGUCAAUUAUUGAUCAGCUGUGUCUGUUGUCGACCAGAUGUGUCAGUUAUUGAUCAGCUGUGUCAGUUAUUGAUCAGCUUUCAGUUGUCGACCAGCUGAGUGAGGUAUUGAAAGCUAUGUGUCUGCAGCAUGUGAUGCAACAAGGUCUCUAGCAGAAAAACUCUGUACUAAGGUUUGUCUCCUAUGAAAACCAAUUAUCAUGCAGAUACGUUUUUAGCUCACCUGGGCUGAAGGGCCAUUUAACUGACCUGUGACAUGGACGGGAUGUAACUGACCUGUGAUAUAAAGAUUUUUGUAGCUGGUUACUGUAACUUCUGACAACUUGAUUUUAAUUCUUGUGUUUUCAUUUUUGUUACUGAUUAACAGGGUAUUAACAUCAUAUUGUUUACAAAAUGUUGUACUUCAAACGUGUCUGGUGAGAAACACAUGCAGGCCGGAUUUGUUUACUGGGACCUAGUGUUUCGAUGUGAUGUGAGUUAGUGUGAUAAAGUGAAUGAACACAUAUUAGACAACUUUGAUAGUAAGAGGAUGAGAGAGAUGAUUCAGUAAUCAGAAAAACAAACUUUGUUCAGUAAUUAAGAAAAAAAAAAUGGAAAAAAAUCACAAAAUGUUGCAUAUUGUCAAAUAAUUAAUAUCUAAUGAUGUGGUAGAGUAUCCUUUUCAGUAACAUAGCAUCUUUGAAUUUUAUCACAACUCUAAAAUAAUUAUAAUAUUGGUUUACAUCUUGUCGACAAAAUUUGUAUUUUUUAUCCGGAUUGUGAAAUACGAGUGUUCCACAAUGUUUUUCUUACAGAAUGGUAAGUGGUUAGGUUCUGAGUAGAUGUAUUUAACAACAUUACCUACACAUAUACACUUCCUGUUAAACUUGGGUGCCACGGACGUGCAAUAAAGAUAGGUUUCCCCUGA